UAUCUUCUGUGAAGCAGGACACUUCGUGUUUGACUUCAAGCAAUUAUUGUGAGAAGGUAGAAGGAUCUUCUUUAAAUUAUGCUAUAAAACAAUAUCAAGAAGCCCAGUUAUAUCGAAAUUGGCAUGAUCCAUUAAAAAUAAACUUUUUGCAAAUAAAAGAACCCAAUAAUUAUGCCACUAUUUCAUACAAAGUAUAUGAUUUAGAAAUACCCCAUGCAUUACUCGAUACAG